AAGGCUCCAGUUCUAGAAACAAUGCAUCUCAGACUUGGGGAUGAUUGUGAACCUCAAGAACAUGAAAGAUGGGUUGAUAUUGCAGUAGCUAGACACGUGCGUGUUCUUGAGCUUAUCCAUUACCGUUGCCAGUUUAAACCCAUGCCUUGUCCUAAGAGCUUGUUUACAUGUAAAGGCCUUGUGACUUUACGCCUUCAACAAGUAAUGAUUUGGGAUAUUCCUUCCACAAUCUUUCUCCAGUCCCUCAAGAAUCUCUCCCUUCUGUGUGUUGAAUUCCUCUCUGGGGAUGAACAUGUUCAUAGGCUUUUGUCCGCUUGCCCUGUCCUUGAAACACUGAUUGUUCGGCGAUGGCUCGUGGACUGUGUGACGAUCUUCACAAUUGCGAUCCCGUCAUUGCAAAGCUUACAUAUCAUGCGAAGACCAGAUUUCCAUGGAACAACAGAUGGUCGCGAGUAUGUCGUCAGUACUCCUUCUCUAAAGACUUUAAAAGUUCUAGAUAAAUUUAGUCGGUUUCGUUCAUUAGUGAAAAUGCCGAAGCUGGUGAAUGCAGAAAUCAAGAUUAGACAAGAGGACUCUAAUAAGAUUAUGGGAUGUCUAACCUCAUCCAAAUACCUCUCCUUAUGUCUUACCUCAGCGGGAUCAGUCUUAAUGGCAAAAUCUUGUGAGUUUCUCUGUCAGCUCGAGUAUCUAGAGCUAUGUACUAAAUGUUCAUCAGAUUGGUUAUGUCUUCUACUCAGCCAUUCCCCUAAACUGCGAGUUCUGAGGUUAAAUAAUGCUGAGUUGUUCUAGCAAAUGUCAGCUUGAGGUUCGUUCUACCCUGAGCAGCAUUGAUAUGGUAAUGGAUUUUGGUUUCUUUCUCUUCGUAAGUUUUUUUCUCGGAUUUGGAUUUCUCAAUCAAAUACUUUUACUCAAAAGUUUGUUGUUGAUCUAGUCAAUCUAACAAAGCAGUUAGAAAGUU